ACUGCAAAACUUCAGUCAUUUCGUAAAACCUGUGUCCGAAAAAAAAUGUCGCUAUAUAUUCAAGAUUUUUGGAAAAUAUUCGUUUUACUAAUACUUUGUGACAUUUUCUCUUCAUCACAUGGAACCAUACACAUAUUCCUUCCCGAAGAUGCCGGUAUAUUUUCCGAUUGUGAUGACAAGCCGGAUGUUUUGGGGUUGGACAGCCUCUUCGAUAUGUCCAAUUUAGAAGUCGAGAUCCUGGAAGAAAGUGCCAGUAUAGAGGGCUAUGUCGAAGUGAUAUGGGAUGUGGAACCUACCGAUCGUGUAGAUUUUAAAGCCGAUUUGCUAAAAUCGGCUCGAGGUGGUUGGCAACCGACGGUGUUUUCAAUGGUCCAAAAGGAUUUCUGUUCAACUCUGUUCGAAGAGGAUGGAUUUUGGUAUAAAGCCUGGGGUCAGUUUGUCGACGAAGAGGAUCGCAAGUGCAUCAAUCACAAGGGGGUGACCUAUCAUCACAUUCCCUUCCAUUUGCAACUGGCCGUUGACAUUGAGGGCGAAAGGUUAUCGGGGCUGCACAAGGCUGUCUUCGAGUUGCAGGCCUACGAUGAGAAUGACCAUGAACGAAGCUCCGUUUGCAUUCAAAUGCUUUUGGAUGUCAUAAACAAAUAGUGGGGUGGGGUGGGUUUUUAUUAAUACGAUUCGGAAAUUUGUUGUUGUUUUUUAUCUCACUUAAAUAAAAUCUUGA